AUGUUGAUGAAGUCGACCGUACGACUGAAGGUUUUGCUGGAUUGGGCCCAAGGGCUCUUGUUACUCGACAACGGCUUUGCUGGCCCAUGGCGGUGGGGAGCGAUGAGCCAUACUGCUCAAACUGAAAUAGCGGGCGCAGCUUCCUGCCCUAUGCUGCAUCUCGUGGAGACGGGUGAACACACCGGGGAAGAUUGGCUGGCGGCACCUGACUUGCUGGAUCCCAAAUCGGCCACUCAGAACUCCAAACCAAGAUUGUCAUUUUCCACCAAGCCUACCGUGCUCUCUUCACGGGAGGAAAGCGAUUCGGCUAUUAAUGUUAUGAAAUGGAAGACAGUCUCAACAAUUUUUCUGGUGGUAGUCGUGUAUUUAAUAAUCGGAGCAACAGUAUUUAAAGCCCUGGAGCAGCCUCAUGAGACCUCCCAGAGAACCACCAUCGUGAUUCAGAAGCAUGAACUGAUUCAGCAAGUAGUGGCAGCAAUAAAUGCAGGAAUCAUACCUUUAGGAAACACAUCUACUCAGAUCAGUCACUGGGACUUGGGAAGUUCCUUCUUCUUUGCUGGCACUGUUAUUACCACCAUAGGCUUUGGAAACAUCUCCCCACGUACACAAGGUGGAAAGAUAUUCUGUAUCAUUUAUGCCUUAUUGGGAAUUCCUCUGUUUGGGUUUCUGUUGGCUGGUGUUGGAGAUCAACUAGGGACGAUCUUUGGAAAAGGGAUUGCCAAAGUAGAAGAUACCUUUGUUAAAUGGAAUGUGAGUCAGACAAAGAUUCGCAUAAUUUCAACAAUAAUAUUCAUACUGUUUGGCUGCGUGCUGUUUGUUGCUCUUCCUGCAGUUAUAUUCAAGCACAUAGAAGGCUGGAGCACGCUAGAUGCAAUUUACUUUGUGGUUAUCACUUUAACUACCAUUGGAUUUGGUGACUAUGUUGCAGGGGGAUCAGAUAUUGAGUACCUAGAUUUUUAUAAGCCAGUGGUGUGGUUCUGGAUCCUUGUUGGGCUUGCUUACUUUGCAGCUGUCCUCAGCAUGAUUGGAGACUGGUUAAGAGUCAUAUCAAAAAAGACAAAGGAAGAG